AUGAAAAAGAAUAAACAAGUUUCAGCCAAAUCUCAGUAUUUAAAAAAGAAAAAAGAAAUGCCAAGUGGAGUGGAUGAUUUAGCAACACAUGAAGAGAAUGACAUUCAUAGUUUUCAUUAGCUGAAAUAAUCUCAGAAUCCAAAAUUUUAACAAAUUUCUAUAAAAGAAGGAGAUUAUAGUUCAAGUGAGGAUGAAGGAGAACUCAAGAAUAGAGAUGACCCAGAUGAAUAAUCACGUUUUGUAUUAGGGUUAAUCUAAAAGAAUGUAAUAAUAAUAUUAUGAAAAUAGAGAGUUAAUGAAAAAAAUUCAUUUGAGAUUCCUAUGAUCAAUAUUAAAGAUCUAAAUGCAUUUAAAUGUAAGUAAAUGUUCAUUUUUUAGAAAUUGAAUAAGGAGAUGCUUGGAAACAUAUUUCCGCUUCAUUAGAUGCAGGAUCAAAAAUUUAUGGAUUUAGAGUAGAUUUAGUUCAUUAAAAUACAUUUAAAGUUCUUGGAGGUUUACAUAGAACUUAGAUAAAUGAUAAAUAAAAUUAAGAAGAAUAAUAAGAAUAUGAACAAGAAUAAUUGAGAAAAAAAAAAUUAUAAAACACAGGAGGAGAGAAUACAUUAGAAAAAAAUCAAGCAAAUAUAGAUACAAAUAAAUAUGAUUUAGAGUUUGAAAUAGAUCCUUUAUUUUAAUAAACAUCAGCAAAAUUUGAUGAAGCAGGAGCAAAAGGUUUAUUGAUGAACAAUUUAACAAUAAAUGAAAAUUUGAUGCUUGCAUUAGAUUCUGAUGUGUUGCCUAUUAAACCUGUAUUUAGUUCUUUGAAUAUUGAAAGUAACAUAUUAAAUAUGACAAUAGAAUAUAAGUCAUUUAUGAAGAACUUACAUAAUUUAAGAUUAUGUCCAGAAUUAACUGAAUUUAGAGAAAAUAUGUUUUAAAAAGGUCAAAAUAUAAUUGAAAUUAAGUAGAAUUCUUCAUUUGCUAAUGUAAUGGAUCCUAUAGCUAUAAAUAUGGACUUUCAUUAAGAAGAUUAUAAUUUUGAUAAUAUUCCAGAUGAAAUUAUGGAUGAAUAAGCAUCAAUUCUUUCAGGAAAUUAAGUGUAAAAUGUUUUGGUCGAACAAUAAUAAUAAAGUGGAAACAAAUUCUCUUAAAAUAAAUUCAAUAUUUUAAAUUUUGAAUAAGCUGCAGCCAAUAUUGGAACAGGAAAAGUAUUUGAAAAUGAGAAAGAAUAAGUUGCUUGGAUGGCUUUAGAUAUGAAUCAAUAACCGAAGAAAAAAAUUAUAAGUUAAUUAAAUGAAAAAACAAAAAAGAAUAAAACCAAAAAGAAAAAUGGUUUAUUGUUUAAUUUUGAUUUUGAAGAUGAUGAUGAAAAUUUAGAUAGAUAAACAAUUCUUUAAAGAAAAGAUAAAGAAAAUUAUUGUAAUAACAAAGAUACGAUGACUUAAUUAUAUCUAUUACCUAAAUCAUAUUAAAUAGACAGAUAGGAGUAAUUAUUAAAAUUUAAUAAAUUUAGUUUAUGUCAACCAUUUUAAAUUUCAAAAUUACCUAAAUGGGAUGAAGAAGUACAGGAUUAACCAAUAUUAUAAAAUGAUAAUUUUGAUUUUGGUGGAGGAGAUGAAGAUCCUCAACCAUAAAUACCAUAAUUAAACACGGCAUUUAACUCAGCAUAUAAAAAUAAUAAUAAUUUAUAAGGAAAAUUGAAUAUACCUAUAAAAGAAUUAAAGACUUAAGUUUGGCAAAAUUUAGAAUAAAAAAUACCUGUAUAUAAUAUUUAUUAAUAUUUAGUUAACAACAGAAAAUUCAGGUUUAGAAUUUAACGAGAUUAAUAAAAUACUCCCUAAUAUUUUAAAAAUUCCUGUUUCAAAAGGUAGGGUUUCUAUUCAAACUUGUUUUGUUACAAUGUUACAUUUAGCUAAUGAAUAGGGCUUAAAAUUUAUUCAAAAUGAAACUGAAAAUGAUUUCGUUAUCCAAAGAGAAAUCAUGACAUAAUAAUGA